GUCUCACUUACCGAUCUGAUGGAGUUCGCUUUGAUCUAACAUUUAAUUUCACUGUAAGUAGUGAAUGUUCUAGUGAUGCUGAUGUCCUUUCCUUACGUGGAAUAUACCACAGUGGUGGCUGGUCGUAUUUUUCACAAUGCUUUACCUUCAAUAGAUCAGAAGUGGGUAAAAAUUGUGUUACUUUCGAGACAAAUGAUUAUAUCACUAUGCUACGAUUUCUGUGGAAGGAGUAUGACAGUGCAUGUCCUGUAACUAUAACCCAUGGGAUGGUUCAGGUUUUGAAUUAUAUUGUACAAUUAAAUUUUUGUAGUAAUCUACAAAGAUCAACAAGGAUAGUUCUAAAUCAGCUGGGUAGGUUUUAUUCAACUAGCGGCCAUUGCUUAAGCUAUGUUGUGAAAACUUGCCGCUUGUCAAGUAAUCAAACAAUAUGUAUUAUCAGUGAGCCAACUUCAUCUUCUCCUACUUCAAAUUCUUCAGCAGAACUUACCCCUCUCAUUCUUACUUCUUUGCCACUAGCAGCAUCAUCACAACUGCCUGAACCUAGUGAAAUUAUUUCCUCAUUAUCAUCAUCAAAAUCUCUCCCUCUUUCACCAUCAUUACCUUCCAUUGUCAAUUCAUCAGUAUCAAUAUCUGAUUCAUCAGAUUUCUCUCUUCCUACUUCAAUGCUGUCAUCUGCUUCUCAACUCAACUCUUUCAGUAUACAAGCUACAUCAUCAAAGUCUACUUCAGUACUGUCAUCUGCUUCUCAACUCAACUCUACGUCAUCAAUGCAUAUCCUAUCAUCUAGACCUCACUCCUCAAACAGUGGACUUACUCCUCUAUCUAGAACAACAAUGCCUGCAGUAACUUCAAUUGUUGCAGCAACAUCUUUCUCCCAUAUUAAUUCUCCCUCUCCCUCUCUCUCUCUUUCUUUAAUGAACUGCCCAGAAACUAAUCAAUGGGAAAGCACUAAACCAGGACAAUGGGCAAAUGGUACUUGUUAUAAAGGAACAUUUAAUGCCACAAGAUAUUGUGAUCUUAAUGGAAGUUGGGGUCGAAUUAACUGCAGUGUCAGUAAGCAAUUCAUAGAAAUAAUGUCAAAAAUUAAUAUAUCGCAUUAUGUUGCUCUUAAAUCACUAUCACAACAACUCAAUGACUUUCCAGCAGCUCAAAGCAUUGUAUUACUGGACUUCAUCAUCAAAAACAGCAAUAUGGAAUCAGAUAAUGAGACAACACAGAUAGUGCUUGAUAUUGCUAGUGAAAUAAUACAGAUGGCUUCAAAUAAGAUGGAUGGUAUCUCUAUUUUUAGCCAGCUAUUAAUGACAUUGGACAAUUUUGCACUUAAUGUAGGACAGGAUUUGUCCCUUUCUACUGACAGUAUUUUUCUAAACGUUAAACAGAUUGAAGAUUUCCCUGAUGAAGAGGCCACAGCAAUUGAUUAUAAUGGCAACACUCUAACACUACCAAAUGCAAUAUUAAAUGCUGUUCCAGCUACAGUAGCAUCCUUUGUAUAUGAAGACCUAUCAGUCCUUUCUCCUACAAAUGAUGAUGAGCUUAUAUCACCAGUCAUACCUUCAACUGUCAGAUGUAAUGAUACCUGCAAUACUAAUGAUUUUAAUGAAUCAGUGACAAUAACAUUCAAUCUGUCAGAUGUACAACAGUCAUUAAAUGGUAGAAACAUUUCUUGUGUAUUUUGGAAGUUUAAUAAUAUGUAAGAUGGCUUUUAUUUAAAUGUCAUUGACUUUUA